CCUACUCUGGUCCCGGCCGAGGCCGGAGGCAGGAGAGAUCAGAGGGUCGGGAGACCUCCCUGUGGUAUCCAGCCUCCACCGGACCUGAGGGUCCGGAGCGGUAAGCCGUGCCCCGAGCCCCGCGAGCCGCUGCGCUCAUGGGCCCCGUUGAUCGGGCAGAGAGCGCCGCCGGCUGCGACUCUGCGGACUCCUGGGUCCCGGGCGCCCCGUGGUGGCAGGAGCUGCUCUAGCCGGGCUCGGGGCGCAGGGCUGGGCAGACGCGGAGCUGAAGCCCCUGGGACACGGGGACAUGUGGCAGCCCUCGCCCCGCGUGGGGCUAGCGCGGGCAGCCACCGCACGGUGGUGCCCAGGCCGCGAGGCUCCGGGCCCGGCCUGUGGGAUACCGGCCAGAGUCUGGGGCUGAUUGUGAUUGGAAGGGGGCUUUCAGAAGGACUCGGCAAGCACAGCUCUGCAAGGGGCAAAGAUCCUCUACCUACAAAUUUUACAAGAAAUGUGCAGAAAGCCAUUGACAAGUACGACAGUGAGUCCCCUUCAUCCUUUUCAUCCAGUGGCAGCCGCACGCCCACGGAGGCCCACAAUUCAUGGCCUGGCUCUUCCACACAGAGUUCUACCACUGGACUGUCUACAGAGAGGAGCUCAAUUUCUUCUUGGAGGGAUGAUGAAUUUGACAAAGUCAAUGCUCAGAAGGUCCAGCAGCUGUUCUGGGAGGUUGAGGAAAUGCUAUUUGAAGGCAAAGUGAGUCCCCAAACCCAGAAUCUCCUGGCCGAAUGCAGUGAGUGGGCAAGAAGAUCCCUCCAUCUCAGGCUGUUAGGAAGACAGCUCAUCCCGCCAAGUGAUGAAGGUUUCCAACACUUCCAGGGGAGCCUGCCUACUUCUGCUACCUACAGACCCUUACCUCCUGUUCCUGGCCACAUAAGCAGCAUCAGAGAGUUGUGUGUCUCUGGCUCUCAGAUAGUUCCAGAAGCACCCUCAGCCUCUACCCUGACAGACCCUGAUGGAACAGAGUUGACUGGCCCCACAUCAUCCUCAUCCUUGGAAGAAGAGGUGUACCACAUGGAUGGAAACAUUGAAGAAUAUUUUGCUUUUGACAGAAAACAGGAAGGAGAUGAGCAUCUGGAACUAAACCCAGCACUCCGGGGCAGGAAGUGGCAUCGACAUGGGCUUCCUCCCAUCUCCCCUCAUGACUGUAUCAGAGAUGCUGUGGCAGCAGAAGUGUUUGAUCAUGUUUGGACCAAUGUGGUAGAAAUACUGGAAGAUCUCAUAAGAAAGACCUGGGAAUCUGCACUCACAGAUGAAAAAGUACAUAAAGAGAAAUUGAAAGUAGCUGAAAGUAGACCUCCACACUUGCUCGUGUCUCGUCUCAGCACCGAUGGUCCCACUGUCCCUCCAUCCCGAAGCUCUGAGACUCUCCAUACAUCCUUGGCUUCCCACUUUAAUCCUCCCCAGUUUAAUCAGCUCCACCGCUUUUCCAGCAACUUCUAUAGUGACUUGAGUGGAGUAAUGACGAUUCAAGCCAAACCCCUUCAGCAGAGACCCACCUACUUUGCAGAUAAAACACAGAAUGAACAAGAUGACAAACUGUCUGGGGGAGGGAUCAGUGCAUCCUCACGUCACCGACUUGGCCGGAUCCCAGACCCUCGGGGUCCACCGACUUCUUCCAAGAAAACACCAGUGCACAGGAGACUGCCUUCGAUUGCUUCAGACGCACAGAGGCUGAAAACUCCCACAAUCUAUAGUGAUGAAAUUCUGAGGGGAACCAGACUGCAAACUGGCAUUGACUACCUGCCUUACUCAGCAAUUCCAACCUCGAGGAGCCGGUUACCCCCAAUAGGCUCUGAGGCUGCGGAGCCAAAUACAGCUUCUGGAUCCCGCCCUGUUUCUUACAGGGGAAGGCAUCCACAAAACCGUGUGUUCAGUGCAAUCCCUGACAGCAUCGAACGGUCACCCCUUCGAGAAAGAACCAUUGUCCUGGAACAGCUUUCAAGGCCCAGCACAACACAUACAUUCCAGUCAGAUACACCAAGAAAAGGUUCCCUGACACCCAUGGAAUUUGUUGCUCACACAUGGACAGGUCAAAGUAUUUUGACAGUGUCUUUUGUAUUUCAGGUUCUCAGUAUCUACCUAAAUCUUAUCAAAGGGCAACUUUGACUGCAAGAAAGAGGUUCCAAGUGGCAUCUUGAUAUCACUGAUAUGUAAUUAUGGACUUGCUGGAACUUGUGAAGCCUUGGCCAUACCAUUUGUCACUUUUCAAGUGUAGGAACAAGUAUUACCUGGUGUAUAUAUACUCACCUCUCUGUCUGACAGCAGAAGAUGGCAGGAUACUCGAGAAACAAGCAAAUA